UUUCCCCCACUCCCUCUGCGUGUGCAGUGCCCCCCUCCGCCUGUAAUAAAAACAGGUUUACGUGUUAGGUUAAGCUCGACUGCAGGUAUGCAACAAAAAUACACAUUAACGCGAUCAGAGAAAUGAAAUACAAAAAUAUGAAACGAUGUAGGAUUAUUUGUUAGGUAAAGGAUUUAUUUAAAGAAUGCUUUGUAAUGUUUAGGUCAAUAGCCUUAUACAAAGUGGCAGUGUCUUUUAUGUCCUUCCACGCAACAUUUUAACCGUUGGCUCAUGUUUGAUUUUUGUGUUAAACCAGCGUUGCAUAAUACAUUUUUUUGUUGUCUUUUGAAUGACAUAAUGUUUAGUUAAGAUAGUCUUCCACAAAGCAUUAUUCUCUCGAAGGGUGACUCACUGUAACAGGUUUUAUUUUUAAGGUGGUGCUCUGCAUGCAGUAGAAGUCGAAAUGUUUGAAAUGUAUUUAUUAGGGAGUGAGGUUUUAGGAAUAUGUGUAACAAAGUCAAGUGUUGUAUGUUCAUGCAAAUGCAAGUUUUGAGUAAAGAUUUUGUUUACCAGGAAGGAUCAGUUCCGUGCAUGAAGUAAAACUGGUUUCGCUUCUACAGAGUCGCACAACCUGGGAACUAGUCCAAAUUUGGGAUUUCCUUGUUGCUAAGAAAUUUGAAUUUUGUUGAACCCUUUGCCAGUGGUUUGAUAUAUCGUCACAAAAUUUUGUAACUGUUUGUUUUAUAAAGGCUGUUCUGUGUUCUCUCCCUUUCCAAUGAGAAUCGAGUCCUAAAACUGCGUGGAAAGAUUGUAACUAGGAAAUUAUCUAACCUAUUGACAGCCGCUGACGAUGAUUGACAUCUAAUCCAUUUUGACAGGGAGGCUGACAGCAAUCAUUAAACAUGAGCAUUCGCUGCCAACAUUCCUAGUUCACACAGAUUAAUAAUCUGUAGGGCUGCAGCUAUCGAUUAUUUUAGUGGUCGAUUAAUCUAUCAACUAGUUGGUUCAAAUAAUUGAGUAAUGGGAUUAGGAACAUUUAAUGCAUUGCAGAAUAAAUUUUAGGAGAUGUAAAACAAAUGCUUAUAGCCUUAAAUAGUAUGAAAAAAUAAAAUAAAUGAGGAUCCAAGUACAACUAAAGAACAAUUGGCUAAUUUGCAUAGCAAAAGUCUGCUAUCUUAAAUGCAAUAAAAGGCUAACUUACUUUUACAAUGCUCUUAAUAAAUCGUUCAAACACAUAUUCCCACAAAAAAUGUCUAAAUAUUAGAGGCGUGCAAAAUUUCAGAUAAUUGCAUUAUUCGAUAGAGGCAUGCAAAAUUUCCGAUUCUGAGAUUAUUUGCGAUUCGGCCGUAGAAGAUUUGAGGAGGAUUCACAAACAUCCAAAUUCCGAUUAUUGAAUUAUACCAGGUAGAGCAGAAAUAAAAUGCAGUCAACGCGGUCUUCGGAACGCAAUGAGGAACGGACAGAGAGUAAAUAUCAUGUGCAGCUAAUGCCGCUAGGUAAAAAAAAAACAAUAAUACCUGACUGCGGCCGUCAGCCGCUAAACAGCAUCCAGUUGCUAGUUGCUACAAACAUACGGCAACAUACGGCUAUGGUAGAUAUCACAUAUAUCUAGACUAGAUGUGAAAUGACACUUUCCCGCGCUAGUAAACAGGCGCCAUCUUAAAGCAGUAGACUUCUCUAGAAGGCUCUGUUGUAGGGAACCUAAUUACUUUUGAUCUAAAAUACCCCUAAAUCAGCAAAAUCUUGACUUGAAGCUAUCUUUUAAUGGUGAAACAGUUUUAAAACUUUCUCAUGUCGAAAUUAGACAUGAGGGAAAUUAUGGAAUAACGGUCGCAAUUUUAACAACUUUAACGGUUGAUUCACAACAUUAAAUUAAUUGAAUGUAGUUUAAAGCUGCUGAUACAGAAUGGGGACUUGUGUAUUUUAUUUACUGUUUUUAACCGGUAACUCGAUACCAAAAUAGUAGUUUGGUUUAUUUAGCCUGAGAGGAUUUUUGAACAAUUUUGGAACAAAUAUACAAAACAUUUAAAAAAAAAAAAAAAAAAAAAUGGGGCGAGGGGGGCAUCAAUAAUCGAUUUAUAAUCGAAUCAGAGUCUCUGAAUCGUAAUCGAAUCGUUAGGUGCCCAAAGAUUCCCACCUCUAGUAUUCGCUAUUCGGUCGGAGAAAAUUCGAGAACGAUUCACAAACCGAAUUCCGAUUAUUGAAAUAUGCCUAAUAAAUGGAACUAAAUCACAGUCAGCGCGGUCUUCGGGAUGCAGUGAGGAACGGACCAACAACUUGCGCCGCUAAAUGAAAAAAAAAAACAAUACCUGACUGCCGCCGAGAGCCGCUUCAAACAACACCCAAACAACGUUGCUACAAACUACGUCCUCAUACUACUACGGUUCCUGCUGCAGCCAUUUUGGAUUGUAUAAUUACACUGAGGAUUGGCACGUAAAAGUCAGCUGUGAUCCCUUCCCCAUGAGGAAAGAUGGGGAAUGGCUUCUCGGAACAACCUAGCUUCAUGUCGAGCAUCCCUUUCUUCCAAUCGUUCCACAUCGCAAUCCUCGGGUUGGACUCUGCUGGAAAGACCACCGUGCUGUACCGGCUUCAGUUCAAUGAGUUUGUCAACACUGUGCCCACCAAGGGCUUCAACGCAGAGCGGGUGCGAGUGUCCCUGGGAGCCCAGCGCACUGUGACCUUCCAGUUCUGGGACGUGGGCGGUCAGGAGAAGCUGCGGCCGCUGUGGAAAUCGUACACCCGCUGCACGGAUGGUAUCAUCUUCGUGGUGGACUCUGUGGACGCCGAGCGCAUGGAGGAGGCCAAGACGGAGCUCCACAAGAUCGCAAAGUCUUCGGAGAACCAGGGGGUGCCGCUCUUGGUGGUGGCAAACAAGCAGGACUUAAGGCACUCCCUAGGGCCGGCGGAGAUCGAGAAGCUCCUGGCGCUCAAGGAGCUAAGCCCGGCCACACCAUGGCACCUGCAGCCCGCCUGCGCCAUCAUCGGGGACGGACUCCGGGAGGGUCUUGACCGACUCUAUGACCUGAUCCUCAAACACCGGAAGGCCAUCCGGCAGCAGAGGAAGAAGCGAUAAAGACUGUGAGUUACAAAUGAAGGAUUGUCUGGAGUUGAAUCUGGCGUCUACGUUGUUGUCUCAGUUCUCUGAGCUGAAAGGUUUGUCGGGCUGUGUUCACACUUGUCACAUUUAAAACAAAACCCGAGUUCCAGUCCUCUCUAGUGCGGUUUCGUUUGGUCAAAUGAAACUCCGGUGUGGAACAGAAAAGCGGAUCUGGGUUUAGCUAAGUGUUAACCUUCUCACAUGACCUGAGACCACUUGAAGACUCGGUCUCGGUUCAGUUUCAAAUUAACUGGCACAGUUUGGUUCACUCGCGGUCAAGUGUGAAGACUUCACAGACCAAAAGGGGAACAGAGACCGUUUUUUUCGCUUCAGGCAGCUUUUUCCCAAAUGUGGUGCCACCCGUUUGAUACACAUCAUAAAAGACUUGGUCGAAGGCCUGGUCCUGGCCUGGACUCUGGUAUGGUUCAGUUUACCAGCGCUCAAGUUUGUAGUCUAAACAGGCCAGACGCAUUUGGUGAAAUGGGAUGUCACUCAUCGGCUAUACAGUGGUCAAGAGUUGGUCUUUGCAAGUAAACUGCCACGUUUAUUUAGUGGCGCUCAAAUGAAAAGGCUUCAGAGAUUAAGGAAAUGGACUGUGGCGAUCUGAAGACUUGGUCUCAGUCCAAUUGGAAGCGAACUCUGGAACGGUUCAGUUCCUACUAGUAACUCAAGUGUGAAUGCUUUAGAGAACAAGGAGGCUGACUGAGACCACUUAUAGACUCUGUCUCGGUCAUCGUGAAUGCUACGUGGACAAAAAAGAAGCAAAGACUCAGACCAAAUAUGUCUCUGGUCUGAACCGGAGUACCAAACUAUUAGUGUGAACACAGAUUCCCAGUGUGCAUUCACACUUUUGUUACACUUGGCUCCGAAAAACCAAACAUGUGAAUGCCACUUUCAAAUGAGGAGAUGGAGAGCCUCCCAAUAGGAGCAGCGCCACCUGGACCAACACCGCUUUUAAAAUGACGGCAAAAAAAAGUAGCAAGUGUGAACACAACCUUUUAGUCACAUUGACCAUGCUGGAUCAGGAAGUGAUGCAUAAAGGAACAAAGUAUGACGGUGAGAAAGUUCUAGACAAGUGUGGGUUUUGAAGAAGUGAUCAAAUUUGCAGAAGGUUUGCGGUAUGGAUGGAAUGUUGGUACAAGAUGGUUGUUAUGCUCUAUUCUUACCAAAAAAAGAAUAUUUUAAAGAGAGAUUAGUAGAUGAAAUGUUCAAUUUUUUCCAUUUUUUUUUACAUUUGAUACUUUCUAAUCGUGAAAGCAAAGUAUUAUCAAUUGGUUUUGUUGCGCUCUUCUAUCACCCACCGAAAGCACUUUAGACGAUCACUUUUCAUGGAGUUUACAGUUUGUUAGAUGAACUUUUUAAAUACGCAUAAUUUGACAUGUUUGGACAGAUGCCGUUUUCAGACUGUUGUCAUGAGAAUUUUGUGGGGGGGAUAAAUAAAGACCUAUUUAGUGCACUGGUGAAAAUGCUGUCAAGUCUGUUAU